AUGAUUGCUGUUCUCCCCGGCCAGCCCCCAUCAAGGCUACAAGGUGUAACAACGGGUUUCUGGGACGGGCGUCAUCAAAAUGCAUACAUAACCGGAAGUGCCUUUACAAUAAUCGAUGGGGCAUGCCGGAUACUGCAAACGGUGUAUGAUGACGAUAGCGAGCAACGUCUCGAUGCGAUUGUUCUUGAUGAAGCAUCCGGAAAGAUUGCGACGUGCACAGCAUUGCAGGUCCGCAUAUACCAGCCGCUUCCCCUACAAGAUGACAAUAUUAAGUGGGCGCAACAAUCGUGUUUCGACAUUCCAGACCCUGGUUCGACGACCGUAUGUGCACUUUCCUGGGGUGGCUCGGAGGAACUUCUAGUCGCCUCCACUUCGUUAUCACUCUUUACGACGGCCGGUUCUCCUGUAAAUAUAUGGCGGAAACAACUACCCAACCCGACCAAGUCUGCCACGAUCUCGCAUGAUUCCGCGUACAUCGCCUCUAUUGGGCACCACGAUUGCCUAGCGAAAAUCUGGAGGCGAUUGGUAUAUGGUGCAGAUGAGGUUCGGUUCGAUGUGACGUACCUCCGCCAUCCUGACAUUGUUGUAUCCGUAAGAUGGCGUAGGCCGUACCACCCAGAGCAGUCAGCGGACCAUGUCCUGUACACCGCCUGUCUCGACAGCUCAAUCCGCGUUUGGAUUCCCACCGAGGCGACGGAUGGCAGACACUGGCAACUCUUGGGCCGAGUUGAUCUGAGGGAAUCUAGUGUGGACAAGCCAAUACGCUGUUCUCCUCCACUAGUGUUUAUCGUCGACGGCCGCGACUUUACUACAGCCGUAGAAAGAGUCAUCAAAGAUCGAACGGCGGACGACGACAGUACAAAUAAUGCUGCUCUAGAUCAUCUUGUUGCUAUUGCAAAUAGGAACCCGGAGAUAUGCAUUAGUAUCGAUAAGAGGGGUACCAUGUCUGCUUGGGCACUGGAGAAUGUUGGGAACAACAAACCUGAACAAUUCAAGGUAUUCACCAUUGCACAGAUACCUUUGCCACAUUUUGAUGUCAUGAGCGAGUUCCUGAAAACCCAAGCCGGGGGACAUACCGAAGCUCACAACUACUGUGACAGGCGAAAUGGAAAACUUAAUAUAGUCCUGCAUUCGUUUGAUGGCAAGAUCGGAAUUUUUGCGGGCGACAUUGCUAACCUAUUGGAUCCCAAUGACAACAAUCAGCGUCUCAGCCUCCAAACUGUCUGGACUGGACACACUGCACCGGUAAAAAAGAUUUUGCGUAACGUCAGCGGACAUGCUGUAGUUUCACGAACCCGUGAAGGAGAAUGUGUUCUAUGGAACCAUUCUACCCUUGACAGCGAACGGGUAGAUCAAACGCUUAUCCGAAAAUCUGUCAUACCCGAAACAGAAGAGAUACUUCGCAUCUGCGUCUUGCGCAAGGGGCGUUUCGUUGUCCUCUUACGUCCGAAGGCCAUAGUCCUCUGGGAUUGCCGUGGUACAUCUGCAUCGGUGCUUGCGAAAUGUUCCUAUGAGACUUGUGAAUCGCCGCUGUGUCUCAUAGUAUUACCGCGGCCACAGACUACAGAUUACAAGCUGGCUUACAUUGCCACGAUAACAUCCAGUGGGCAUGGGGUCGUGUGGGAGAUACAGCUCCCUCCCUAUCUGAGUAACGUCGGUUCGAACGAGAGAGCAGCAGUGCUCACUGAAUUUUGUCGGUUCCAAUUGACCACAGCAGACGAGUUGAAGUACGUUCUUCCGGUGGACCCCGCUGGAGCAGCUCCUGCCACGUCUGGGUUUUUAGACAUAUUCGCUCGCGAUGUGGCUAUUUCCUAUACCCAUGCUGGGAGAGUCGACUUCUGGGCGGCACGGGUCAACCAUGAAAGCCGGACCGUGGAUUGGUUGUCAACUUCUUGCACCGAAACGGGGCUUCUUGACCCAGCCCUGGCAAGUGGUAGUAUGCUUAAAAAGGCGGCGUUGGUCAACUCUACUAGGUCACAGCUCACUAUAUGGGACAUCGGUGGCUCGCGUCUCGAGUAUGACAUGGAUUAUAAGGCACACCAAAGCAUCCAAGAUCUUGAUUGGACCUCUACUCCUGAUGCGCAGGCUAUUUUGGCUGUUGGUUUUCAACACCGUGUGUUGUUACUAUCUCAAAUGAGAUUCGACUACUUGAAUAAAGGGCCGGCAUGGGCACCAAUUCAUGAGAUCAACAUUCGUGAUCUUACAGCACAUCCUAUUGGGGACUCUACCUGGCUUGCUGACGGUCACCUCGUUAUUGGCGCUGGAAAUCAGCUUUUCGUCCAUGACCGACGUCUAGACACAGGAGAGUCCUCUAUCUCAAGCCUUGGUCACCUGAACAAAGAUGAUCGUAAGGAUUUGUUCGAAGUGGUGCAGAGAUUCAACGGACCAAUUCCCAUAUUUCACCCACAGUUCCUAAGCCAGUGUAUCCUGUCGGGCAAAGGCCAUCUCGUACGUCGGAUCCUAGUGACACUACACAAGACGCUAAGAUACUUAAUUCCCGGUGACACUAUGGACGAUUACUUGGGCCUUCCAUUGUCAGAAUUCUACAGUGCAAAUGUGUCCCAACCUAGUUCGUUCAGCAAAGCCAUGGGAGCUUCGUUCGUGGAUGGCGACGGUUCUGAGGAGGAAGAUGCCUUUUCUGAGCAGACAGCGACACUAAUAAACGAUAGAUUGACGAAACUUAGAAUUCCCCAACUUUCAGGACACGAACAAAUCCAGCUCGCAGACAUUGUCGAGUGCGUGGCGUUGGUCGAAAGCCACCGACGUUCUAUGGAUGAGAAUGCUGCUAGAUUCAUGUUGUUCUAUCGACAGCAUGCACUUCGCAAAGGCCGAGUGACCGAGAUGCAGCUUUCCUGGAGAGAAAUAAACUGGGCAUUUCACUCUGGCAGCCAGGACAUACUCCUGGAUUUCGUCUCUCGUCAAAAUCAUGGGGCGAUGUUGUGGGAACAGGCUCGCGAAUGUGGAGUUUUCAUGUGGCUCUCCGAUUUGACUGCGUUGCGCGAGCACUUUGAAGCAGUAGCAAGAAAUGAGUACACCAAGAGCGAACUGAAGGACCCUGUGGAUUGCAGCUUGUUUUACCUCGCUCUGCGGAAGAAGGCAGUGUUGCAGGGGUUGUGGCGGAUGGCCAGUUCGAACAAGGAACAAGCGGCUACUCAAAAAUUACUCGCAAAUAAUUUUGACGAUCCGAGAUGGCGAAGGACAGCGUUGAAGAAUGCCUAUGCGUUGCUCAGCAAGCGGCGCUUCCACUACGCGGCAGCUUUCUUCUUGCUUGCUGACCGCCUCGAGGACGCUGUUGAGGUCUGCCUUCGACGCAUGAAGGAUUUGCAACUUGCCAUCGCCAUUAGUCGCGUUUACGAAGGCGACAGUGGACCAACACUACGAAAGCUCAUACAGGACGAAGUCCUCCUUCUUGCCGCACAAGAGGGUAAUCGAUGGCUUGCAUCUUGGGGCUUCUGGAUGCUUGGCCGUAAAGAUAUGGCUGUCAGAGCGUUAAUCAUGCCGGUCUUUGCGCUUCUCGAAACUCCCUGCUCACCAGACAUCAAGUCUCGCCUGUUCUUGACUGACGACCCUGCUCUUGUGGUUUUGUACUCGCAGUUACGUCAGAGAACUUUGCAGACGCUUCGAGGUGCCUCCAAGAUAACACCAAAAGUAGAGUGGGAGUUUGUGCUUCACAGCGCUAAACUAUACGACCGAAUGGGCUGUGACCUUCUCGGACUAGAUCUUGUUCGUAACUGGGAAUUCCAGCAACCUGUAGCUACCGGCUUUGGCGGUGAAGUAAAUCCCUUGAAGCUGUUGCGACGGAGAAGUUCCCUAGUAGUAGAUGAUCUUUCAGCAACAAGGCGCAGCCUAGGUUUAGAAAGGGCUAGUGACACGACGAAGCACUCUCCGUCGAAGCCAUCAACGUCGGUAUUUGUGGAACCUGAUGCUUCAUCGCUCCUUGACAGUUUUGGACUGUAA